AUGACAACCAAGGAUUCUACCUUGAUCCUUCAAGUGGACCUCCAGUGCGAGAAAUGUUACAAGAAGAUUCAGAAAGUUCUCUGCAAACUUCAGUCCAAGGAGAACAUCAAGAAGAUUGACUACGAGAACACCAAGAACAAGGUCACCGUCGUCGGUGCUUUCGACCCCAAGAAGCUGUCCAAGAUACUGAGAUGCAAGGCCUGCGACGUCAUCAAGGACAUCACCAUCGUCAAACCUCCAGAAGAGAAGAAGACAGAGGAGAAGAAACCGGAGGACAAGAAGCCGGAAGAGAAGAAGAAGCCUGCCGAGGAGAAGAAACCCACAGAAGAGAAGAACAAGGGUGUGGAGAAGGCGAAGCCUGCCGCGGCGCCGCCGUCGACGACGGUGAACCUGCAGCUCACGAACAUCUGUGGCAUCUGCUACCCGUGGCCGUGCAACGACCCGGCGCACCGGGGCGGCUUCCACCACCCGCAUCAACUGCCUCAGUGGCCGCCGUGCGGAGGGAUGGCUCCGGCACCGGUCCACAACCAUCCGCAAUCGCCCUGCGGCGGUGGCCCUCAGAAAUGGGCGCAGUGCGGCGGCCCUCCAUUCUGCGGAGGGUGCGCCUGGUGCCACGGCGGCGGCGGCGGCAUGAACUGCUGGGCGCCGCCUCAGCCGCAGCCGAUGUGCUGCCCCGGGCCGUCGCUGUGCAGAGGGUGCAACGGGUGCAAGAUCGUGCGUGAGACCAAGUUCAGCUACGAAGAGUACCCUUCCAGUGCAUGUGCCAUCAUGUGA